UUUCUCGGCAGAGAGAAAACCCUCCUUCCCCCCCCUGUCGAGCGCCUCAGCUUCCCCCCUGCCGGAGAAGAUGGAUGAACGCGAGGAUCUGGUCUACCAAGCCAAGCUGGCCGAGCAGGCCGAGCGCUAUGACGAAAUGGUGGAAUCGAUGAAGAAAGUAGCUGGUAUGGAUGUGGAGUUGACGGUUGAGGAAAGGAAUUUGCUGUCUGUGGCCUACAAAAAUGUUAUUGGAGCACGGAGAGCAUCCUGGAGGAUAAUCAGCAGUAUUGAGCAGAAGGAGGAGAAUAAGGGUGGAGAGGAAAAGAUAAAAAUGAUCCGUGAAUACAGACAGACGGUUGAGAAUGAGCUGAAAUCAAUUUGUAAUGACAUUCUGGAUGUACUGGAUAAACACCUCAUUCCUGCUGCCAACACUGGGGAGUCGAAGGUUUUCUACUAUAAAAUGAAAGGUGAUUACCACAGGUAUCUGGCAGAGUUUGCAACAGGGAAUGACAGGAAGGAAGCGGCAGAGAACAGCUUGGUCGCUUACAAGGCGGCUAGUGAUAUUGCAAUGACAGAACUUCCGCCAACGCACCCCAUCCGCUUAGGGCUUGCUUUGAAUUUCUCUGUAUUCUAUUAUGAAAUCCUCAAUUCCCCUGACCGUGCCUGCAGAUUGGCAAAGGCGGCAUUUGAUGAUGCAAUUGCAGAACUGGAUACCUUGAGUGAAGAAAGCUACAAGGACUCUACACUCAUUAUGCAGUUGUUACGUGACAACUUGACACUAUGGACUUCAGACAUGCAGGGAGAUGAUUCCUAAAGGAUAUGAACCAUUCACUCCCCUGUAAUCUGUAAUUUGGGAAGAACCAAGUAAAGAUGUGGUGCAAGAUGUUGAUGACGACAAUCAGUGAGAAGACAUGGCAAAUGAGAAGACCCUGUCUGCCCCUCUCCUGCCAUCCCUAUAGUCCCAGUCCAAGCUGAGAACCAGUAAAUUUGAUGUUGGUACUGGACCUCAGAAUUAGCUAUGUGCCCAUUUGGGUUCCGAGGAUUAUUUUUGUUUUUUUAUUUUUAUUUUUUACUUGUUUAAAAAAAAUCAAAAGGCAAUGCUGGCUCUCUGUGGAUGCUUAACUGGGACCUGCUGUCUUUGACUAGAUAUCACAAUCCUUUGAAAAUCUUUUUGAAUAAACUGUUCAAUUCUACUAAAUCCAGUUUUGUGACUAAUUCAUGCCUGCACCUUUUUACCCGUGGCAAUCUGAGCAGUGAAUUGGUGGUCAGACAUGAAUCACAGUGAUUGAUCUGAGCCCAGCUCCUGUGAAUGCUGCAAAAAUCUUUGGUCCAUUUGGGGGAGGGGGGGAGCGGUAAAGAAAUUAGGUAUUUACAACGCACCAAACAGUCUUAACCACCUUUGUGAUUGCAUGCUCUUGGUUUGCUUUACACCUCAAAGUGUACAUGCACAUCCACUACCUAAGCAAAUAAAACUGUGUUAUUUGUGAGCAGUCGAGUAGCUAGCUCUGAAAGUCUUUGAGCGUGAUGUGCACUGUUUUCUUUCAGUGUUUUUAACCCUGAAGCUAGCAGGUACCAGUUACAAUCCAUGAGUAGUCCUUUGCUGUUAUUUUUUUGUCCAUCCUGGCAGAGCAGGUCGUGUUUGAGCUGCUGUUGAAGCCUGCAUGCUUUGUUAAAAAAAAUUUUUUCUGACCCAUUCCUCCUCUUUCUCUCCCUCCUCCCACUGCCCCCUUGUUUCUCUCUCUGUUCAGUAUGUGUAACUUGAAGCUAAUUUGUACUACUGGAUAUAUCUGACUGGAGCCACCGAUACAGAUAUGUAUCCUUCUUACUGAAACACAGCAUGGAUUAAUAUUAAACUUAAAAUAAAAGAACCUAAAUUAA